AAGCGCCAGCUUUUCCCAAGCCACGAGGUCCGCCUUCUUCAUGCGGAGCGACACGGCGGUCCAGAAGCUCUCACAGGGCAACGGGCAUUGUGUGAAUGGGGUUGGCGGGCAGCUCCAAGGCUUUUACAGCCUGCCCAAACCCAGCCGGGACAACUCAGAGUUCAGGGACAGUGCGUACGACCUGCCACGCGCCUUCGGUUCCUACACCCACCCCAAGUCGAGCCUGACCAGCUCUGAAACAGAUAACGAAGAGGUCUACACCUACAAGACUCCCAACAACACCCUAUGCAAGGAGUUUGGGGAGCUCUCUACGGACUCCUAUGACAUCCCUGCCACGCUGCUCUCCGUCUACCAGAUCCCCAGGACAUUUACACUGGACAAGAACCACAAUGCCCUGGCCGUGGCAGCCAGCGACUCACCUGCUGUGCCACCCCCACGGCCCCCAAAACCAGGGCAGAUGGAGCCACGGUGGGGCAGCCCACCCCAGCGGCCCCAGCCCAGCGAAAGCUUAGGGUUGGCCCCCAUGGCAGCCACCAUUCCUCGGAGAAACACGCUGCCAGCCGUGGAGAACAGCAGGCUGCACCGAGCUUCUUCUUGCGAGACGUACGAAUACCCCCAGCACGGGGGCAGCAGCACUGUGCAGUCAGUCGAGUCGAUGAACGACGGAUACAACUCCUACCUGCAAGCCAAGGCAGCAGUGGCCCGCUCCCACAGCACUGACUCCGAGGACAACUACGUCCCCAUGAAUCCCGGUUCCUCGCCCCUGAUCCACGCCGAGAAAGCCAACGACAAUGCCCAAAAUCUCUACAUCCCCAUGAGUCCUGGGCCACAUCACUUUGACCUGGUGGGGUUGUCCUCAGCCACCCUCCCCAUGCAUAAAGGAGGGGCCAUGGCACAGUGCCACAGACGAUUGAGUGAAAUCCAGCCACCACCAGUUAACCGCAACCUCAAACCCGACCGGAAAGCAAAGCCAUCGCCACUGGACCUGAGGAACAACACUGUCAUCGAUGAGCUUCCCUUCAAAUCACCAGUCACGAAAUCCUGGUCCAGGCCAACCCAGACCUUCAACGCCGGCUCUUUGCAAUACUGUCGCCCUGUCUCCUCCCAGAGCAUCACCAGCACUGACUCAGGAGACAGCGAGGAGAACUACGUGGCAAUGCAAAACCCCAUUUCUGCUUCUCCUGUUCCUAGUGGCACCAACAGCCCAGCGCCUAAAAAAAGUUCGGGCAGUGUGGAUUACCUGGCCCUGGACUUCCAGCCGAGCUCCCCAGGGCCACACAGAAAG